UUUAGUGGCCUGCAGUGAAACAGGGAUCUAAAACAGUGGGAUGCCUGCAGGGCAAGUAUUGAAAGGCACUCUAUUUCCUCUGGGACACCCCCACCUUCUCAUCCAUACACCCCUCUGGAUCUAUUUUUCUGCUUCACUUAUUCUCCUGUCCAGCCGACCAUCACUCCACGGGAGCUCUCCGCACCAGGCGUGGUGCUGAAAUCAGGCAAAUCCUGACGGGGCAGACCAGUGUUUUCCUACAUUUCCUGGCUGAAGCUCCCGUCCACAGACUGCAUCUCCACAUGGGUUGAAGAAAGUGGAAGGAGGUUAAAUAUCAGACACUAAAUACCAUCUACGAAACAUGGAGCUCGGCUACCCUCUUAUGGCAACCUUCAGGAUGAUAACGACUUUGGUUUGACACAGUUGUUCUCACAGUACCUACAGUAUGCAAAAUCAUGCCAAGAUAAAAACAAUGACUGCACGUGUUGUAUCAUCACUAACUCACUAAGUCUCAAAUAGCUUCUCGGCCUCAUUACAUCAUACACCACACAGGCUAUACAAAUGUAUUAGUAACAUAACAGGAGGAGCAAAACUUAUUGACUCCUGCACACUAAUGUUUUUAAUUUUUAAUUUUUUUUCAAUUUAUUGAUUCAAUAAUCAACAACCAACAAUGCUGCUAUUUUAUAUCCCCCCCGCCCCCAGUUAUACUGCAAGCGCGCCUCCUCCUCUCAACCCACCAAUGGGAAGCACCUAUUCUAAAAUUAUUAGCCUCCGUUGCAGCAUUUCAGUCUCUCGGACCGGCAGAAGGCGGUGUAGCAAAAGAGACGGAAAAAAUGUGGAGUGAAUUCACUCUCCUCGGAGGCUGGCGGACAAGACCGAGGAGGCAGCCCGUGUAAUGCUGCUGCUGCAACACCUCUGGAGGCGAUGCAGGAGACGCGGUGCAGCAGGCACUGAAGGAGGAAGGCGGUGUAGCCUAUAGGAGGAGAAGACCAGACAGACUACUACAACACCGCCUGAUGGGGGACCGCUGAUUGAGAGAGAGAGGGAGAGAGAGAGAAAGAGAGAGAGAGCAGCAGUAGCCCAUGGUGGAGAAGCUAAAGGGGAGACAACCGACAAGCACCGGGAUUAGGUGACUGAACCCGUGAUCAUCCAGCUUCAACACCACCGACGGAGACCCCCCAGCCCCCGGUCGCUGUUUGGGGGAAAAAAGGCCAAAAAUAAAUAAAUAAAAAAAACCUUGGUGGUGAUGGAUCUGCAUUCAGCUCUAAACAACAAAGUGAGCAGAAUUUCAGUCAUGGCAAGGCUCGUCAUUUCCCUUCUGCUCCUGUGUGGGUGCCAAAAUAGCCUCUGCCUAUCCUCCUCAGAGGCUCAGAAGGAGGCGGCCGCCAACGACAACAGCACAGUUUUCACCAGGAUUCUGGAUGGGCUCCUCGAUGGUUAUGACAACAGGCUCCGGCCGGGGCUCGGAGAGAAUGUCACAGAGAUCAAGACAAAUAUUUUUGUCACCAGCUUUGGCCCGGUGUCUGACACAGAGAUGGAAUACACCAUAGACGUCUUCUUCCGUCAGAGCUGGAAGGACGAGCGUCUGUGCUUCAAAGGGCCUAUGGAGAUGCUGCCGUUAAACAACCUGCUGGCCAGCAACAUCUGGACCCCAGAUACCUUUUUCCUUAACGGCAAGAAGUCUAUUGCUCACAACAUGACCACGCCCAACAAGCUGCUGAGGCUGAAGGAUGACGGCACUUUGCUUUACACUAUGAGAUUGACCAUAUCAGCAGAGUGCCCCAUGCAGCUGGAGGAUUUCCCCAUGGACGCACACGCCUGCCCUCUUAAGUUUGGCAGCUAUGCCUAUCCAGUGUCAGAGGUGGUCUAUACUUGGACUCAGGGAGCUGCAAAGUCAGUGGUGGUGGCAGAGGACGGCUCCAGACUCAACCAGUACCAUCUUAUUGGGCAAACCGCUGGCACAGAGGACAUACACACAAGCAGAGGACAGUAUACAGUGAUGAUGGCCCACUUCUACCUGAAGAGGAAGAUUGGAUAUUUUGUCAUCCAGACAUAUAUGCCCUGUUUCAUGACUGUAAUCCUGUCUCAGGUGUCAUUUUGGCUAAACAGAGAAUCAGUUCCUGCAAGGACUGUCUUUGGGGUGACCACGGUGCUGACUAUGACCACCCUCAGCAUCAGCGCCAGGAACUCACUCCCUAAAGUGGCCUACGCUACAGCCAUGGACUGGUUCAUUGCCGUCUGCUAUGCGUUCGUCUUUUCUGCCCUCAUCGAGUUCGCCACAGUGAACUACUUCACCAAGAGGAGCUGGGCCUGGGAUGGCAAGAAGGCUCUGGAAGCACAGCACCCUAAGAAACGAGACCCUAUGGUGCUGUCGAAAAAACCCAACAACGUCUGCUCGGCGGGCGUCAACUACACUCCCAACCUCACCAAGGACGUGUCCAUCUCCACCAUCUCCAACACGACGUCGGUGCAGCUCCGAACCGCUGAGACCAAGAUGGUGGAUCCCAAGAAGACCUACAACAGCGUCAGCAAGAUCGACAAGAUGUCGCGGAUAGUGUUCCCCGUCCUCUUUGGAACCUUCAACCUCGUCUACUGGGCCACGUACCUUAACAGAGAACCGGUGGUGAAAGGAGUUGUCACCUCAACGUAAUCUCUCUUCUUUCUUUUUUUUUCUUUUUUCUUUUCGGAGACAGAGAGUUUGUGUAAGGGAGGAAGUUUAAGCCUAAUUGGAGAGUGGGUGGACUAAAAGGAAAGGGGUUGUUGUAAGGUCUCUGCCCUAGACAAAAAAAUAUUAAAAACAAAUAUCUGCGCUUGAAGAACAAAAACAAACUAUACUUAACUAUCUAAUUCAAGCACUUUGAAUGGAUGGAAGGCUACAACAGAAUCCCUUUCCUGUUCUUCAUGGCCUAACAAAACGCUUGAUCACAAAGGAACUGCUUUUAAAACUCUGUCGACGAGAGAGUGGGUGCUUUGCUUCUUUCUCAUCUAUCCUUCUGCAGUUUGCAUGAUGCUCUCCUCAAACCAUGGACUCCUCUUUGUCUUGAAUACUGACCAAGUAUGUCAAUCACUGUUUAAAGUACGAGAGCACACUUCAUCGCUGCUACUCGAGGAAGGGUUUUAACUUGAACUAAUGUAGACGUUUUGAGCAAAUUUAAACACUUCAUAUUCUUAUAAUGGAGGCUUGAAAUGCACUGAGCUUAUACUAUGAAAAAAAAAAAACUGCAAUACAACAUGCAUUUGAAUUUGAAAAAUGGAUUUAAAAAAAUGUAUCUAAUUCUACUCUGUGUGGAAGAAACGUCUCUCGAGAUUAAUGCUGCAAGUGCAUUAAUAAUUUAGUUUUACGUCUCUUUUUUCUUUUUUUUUUUUUAAAAACCUUUGCGAUUUUUUUUGUCCUAUUGCAGUGAGUGCUUGUGUGUCUCUUUGUACAUCUUUACUUGAAGAUUCAAAGCCUACUGCUGCAGGCCUGGUUUCCCAAAUCUAAAAUGCUACCUGAAGGUGAAAAAAAUGAGAUGUAUUUGGAAGAUUAUCAUUGCUGGGGUUUCUGAAUUUCUUAAUGAAGAGGCUCUUCUUCAUUCAUAAAAUAUUUAAAAGUUGUCAUUAAGGGAAGCACGCUAACAAGAAUAUUCAAAAACUGUCUGUGGCCCACUUACAGUGCGUGACUGGACAGCUGUGGAUGGUGGACUCAGACAAAUUUGGGAUUGGAUAUAUGUACUAUACCUGAAUUUUGAGUCUGGGUCACUCAGCUAGGAAACUAAUAUUCACAGUUGAGAGACCAGUGCCUGAGUGUGCCACAUACAAAUCAGCUGAGAGUUUGGAAACUGUCAUUUAGUGAGACGACUGGGUUUCAAGCCACUAUUUAGGAAAGCAUCUAUGCUGCUAAUGUGUCAUUGGGCAAGACUAACAGCUCCAGUUUCACAAAGACAAACUUUGCGCAGAUCAAACUGAAAUUCAACAGAGAGCAACAACACAAAAAACCUCCAGUAUCAGAAAAUCAGAAACACAGACAAAAAUUCCCCAAGAGAGUGAACACAAGAAAAGCCCUGGUCACACCAGGAAGUGGCACAGUGCAUUUAAUCCACGGCUCUGCUAAAUAUUUGGUUCUCGAAGCUGCUACACAUGGGUAAAUGAAGAGGGAGAGCUAGUAGCUAGCUAGCUUUUUAGGUCAGUCGUUAAUGAGUUCGUACUGUUUAUGCGAGCUUCUUCCAUUUCAGAAUCUCUGCCUCCCCGAUCCUUGAAAGGUUAGCACUGUCAAGAUGGCUUAGUGUAAAUUUGUGGGGUAAAGUUCACCAAAAUUUAACAUGAAACAAAAAAAAAUUGCACAUAUUUACUUUGCCUACGCAAGUGAAUCCACUUUCAUUGGAAUGUGUUGACAUUUUAAACGUUAGUGUGACCAGGCCUUUGAUUUGAAAAGAUUUGGGGAAAUUAAGCUGAGUUUCAGAAUCAUGUAAAUAGACUUUUUAUUUUCAACUUAAGUAUUUGUUUUGAUGCAAAAAAGACGAUAUUGAAAUUCUGACAUUUGCGUUUUAAGCCCUUAGAAGAAAAAAAAAAAAAAAAAAGCCAAAGUCUAACGUUGACUUUCAAUUUAUUAAGAGUAUGUUUUUGUCUCUUUUCUUAAUGUUUUUGUGUACGUGUGUGAGAUUCUUUUCGUCUUGUUGCUUGUAGAAGAGCUUACAUCUAACCAAACUCGGCUUUUGAUGUUUGAAUUGAAUCAGAUUUUUAUGUACUUAUUUCUACAUUGACUUAAUUAAACUGGAAGCAAUGAGCACACGUUAUGGCAUUAUGGCUCGAGCCCACCAUAGAACAGCACGUGUGACUUGUUGGACUAUGGUGAGACAUACUCAGGAACAAAAGGACCCAUGCUUCCAGCAGAAGAGUUGCCUCUGAGUCACUACGUCUUUAAUCACAUGGAUUUGAAACAGUGUAGUUCACUCAGUCACCUGCUGCUGGGAGCAGUGUCCCUCAUAACUUUUUGGCGCUGAAUGGCUUGGUGAAAAACCAUGUAAAUAAAGACGACAUCAGCUGCUACUGCACCUGCUUUGCGAAAUAGGGAUCUUUAAAGUAUGAGUUUGAAUUCUUUCCCAAGCGAUUUUAUUUUGAAUUUUUGUGCCAUAAUAUACUGUGGGAUUUUUGUGCUGGGUUGGGUUGAUGUUGAAUCUGCCAUUUAUGUAAAUCUAAGGUGUUGCUCUCUGUCAAAUGCUUGGUUGGUGUCUAUGAGCAAAGCUAAGACUACUGUAUGUUUCGGUGCUUGUUAGAAGCACAGCAUCAGUGUAAAAGGAAGUCCAAUGAAAUGCCGUCGAGAGGCGAUCCAUACGUCUGUCUGGCAGCCCGGUGCAGCUGAACAGACCAGACAUACCUUUCUAACCUCUGUAUCUGUUUGUUUCCGACUCUGCUGCUUAUACACAUUGUCAAGUAAGAGUGAUGAUUUCCUUUUGUUUCUGAUUAUGCCUGCAGAGUCCUCUCACAAAGUUUGGGAUCAUUUGUUUGUUGUGUCAGAGCUGAACUGCUCCAGUGCUGCUUUAUUUGAGCUGACUAAGCCUUAUUCUGAGUUAUGCUACCAAAGGAAAUGAAACUGUAAUAAGUAUUUUGGUCCCUAAUAAUGUAAGUGUAUGUAGCCUCCAUUAUUUUAUCUAGGAAAGGCAAUGUCUGUUUGUCAGUCAGUCAGUCCACUACUGAAAUAUCUCAACAACUACUGGAUGGAUUGCCAUGAAAUUUGGCACAAACAUUCAUGUUCCCCUGAGGAUAAAUUAUAAUCACAUUUGACUUGUUCAAUACUUUGCAAAGCUAAUUAAACAUGACAAUGUUAGAAAGAGUUACACAAGGAUUAAUUGCAGUGGCCAGUUCAGCGCUAGCAGACAAUAACCAACACCACGAAGAAGAAACAUAUUAUGUCUGGAAAUGUCUAAAAAAUGUAAAGAUGUAGGGGUACUGUAUUUCCUGUAACAUUCCCAUCUCUUUUAAUGGAGCACUGUAACUCUCUUACCCCAAACUAACUAGUUUUAUAAAUCUGUUUUAUUCUUAAAUGGUUCAAAAGAAAACAUAUAGCCUUAUAAAAGCCUUAGUGGAGAUAGAAAGGGAAAAUAAAACGGAGUUAAAGUUUUCACUAGUGUGUACCAAACAUUUUCCAGCCACAGACAAGAGAAGGCUGCUAAUAUGCUAAGAUCACAACCAUCAUUUCAUCGCAUGUCAGAAGAUCUCUAUUGUGCAACCCAUCCUCUCUAUACAUACAUCUGUCUUGCCAUCCAAAAAAAAAUGAGUGCCCCCAUUCAUUCAUCCAUCCAUCCAUCCAUCCACCCACCCAUCUAACAUCCCUCCCUUCUCUAUUGCCAGCCAAGAAACGAUUGCCCACCCCUCCCUCCUUCCUUCAGCCACUGUGACAGACUCAUCUGCCAUACAUCUGUUAGAAAAGGGAUUUAGUUCCGCUUAAGUUGCUUUCACCCGUUCAGGGGGGCCCCUUACAGCAAACUCCAAUUUAAGCCCCGACUGGCCCAGCCGAUGACAAAUGCUUGUUUUUCUCUGUGUAGUGUCUGGACAGAUGUGGCUGCUGAGUGUUAGGGACAAAUUUAGGAUUCAUUAUAUGUACUUUAUCCACAGCUAGCUCUUGGGCAGUGAAGCAGACUGAAGUUUUGAACUUGGGUCUCUCAACUAGGGAACGUAAUACACAUGCAGCAGUCAGCUUACUGCAGGGCUGUGAUAGCAACAGUUGUCUUUCCCAGGAGGGCUUUAGGCAGCCAUACACAUGCAUGAGAUCUUUAUUGUUUCUUAGCAUCAAUAAAGUGCUUUUUAAAUUUUGUUUUGGAGGAAACAUUAAACUGAAACCUUUGCUUACAUUUUGCAAAAAUGCAGCAAAGCCAUUGUAGCUAUAGCUGGGCUUGACAAAGUAUUUGUGUUAUUCAUUCUUUGUUUUAUGUACUGUAUUUGUUUUAUGUAUUAUACUUAAAUUAAUCAAAUAAAAGGUUGAACGAA